AAAACGAUAGAAGUUGGUCGUCGGCUGGCCGACGAAAUUGUCUUAGGUGCAGCGUUGUGCUCCGAUUUUUUUGCAAUCCUCGUGAGGACGGAGUCAUUGCGUGCGCCGCGAUUAUGUUCGGCCGGGCGUUCACGAUACGUAAAGGCAGCUAGUGCCUCGUGAGAGACAAAUUUUCUAACGUUACCGGGGAACUACUGUAACGGAACGUUUCGAGAUAGAACGGAGUAUCGCCAUUUUGACUUCUAUCUGUGGUAGCCUAGUUCUAUUGAAUUUCUCGAUUAUUCUAGCAAAUUUUCUUGAUCGAACAAGCUAUAAAAACUAUGCUCGAGUCAGUGUGCACUAUCAAUAAAAGUAGAUAGUAUUGUAAAGUGAUCGUCUCACGAGGUUGAAUCAUCCUACAUCCGCACUGGCUGUGGCGACACCUGUCCUACGCGCAUAAUCGACAGCCAUUGUCGGCGCCAUUUUGACGUUCGGCUGACAGCCGCCGUCUCGCACUUUUUCUCCGUGAAUUCACAUCGAAACUUUUCCUUUCGUGUCGUGAGUGGAUAGAAUUAUGUCUGUACUAUUAGCUUCAAUUGAGAAGAACAGAUAGUGUCGUGAAAAAAGGAUUUGACCACGCUUUCGGAGCAUCAGUCAUCCCAAAUCAUUCCGACACCUUUUGUGGCAGCAAGGACCGUCGCCAUUUUGACGUUCGGCUGACAGGGCUUUCAUGCCGUGCCUUCUUUGCUGAAAUCGUCGUGUGUCCCUUUUAUCGCAGGUUUUUCCCAAUCGUAUACAGCCAUGGAGACUCCACGAGAGCGUGAGAUUGCUGCCGAAGACAGCAUCAAAGUGGUGUGCAGGUUCCGACCGCUGAACGACUCCGAAGAGAAGGCCGGGUCCAAGUUCGUCGUCAAAUUCCCGUCCGGCGGCGAAGAGAAUUGCAUUUCCAUUGGAGGAAAAGUCUAUCUCUUUGAUAAAGUAUUCAAGCCCAAUGCAACACAAGAAAAAGUAUACAAUGAAGCUGCCAAGUCCAUUGUCACAGACGUCUUGGCAGGCUAUAACGGGACAAUUUUCGCAUAUGGACAAACUUCAUCAGGAAAGACGCACACAAUGGAAGGCGUCAUUGGCGACACGGGUAAGCAAGGUAUCAUCCCUAGGAUCGUCAACGACAUUUUUAACCACAUCUAUGGCAUGGAAGAGAAUCUGGAGUUUCACAUCAAAGUCUCCUACUUUGAAAUCUACAUGGAUAAAAUUCGUGAUUUACUUGAUGUAUCGAAAGUGAACUUGAGCGUCCACGAGGAUAAGAACCGCGUACCAUUUGUAAAAGGAGCAACGGAACGUUUUGUUUCAAGCCCAGAAGAAGUAUUUGAGGUGAUUGAAGAAGGAAAAUCGAAUCGUCAUAUCGCCGUGACGAACAUGAAUGAGCACAGCUCGCGUUCUCAUUCCGUAUUCCUAAUAAACGUCAAGCAGGAAAAUCUGGAGAACCAGAAGAAACUUUCCGGAAAACUCUACCUCGUCGAUCUUGCUGGUUCGGAGAAGGUUUCGAAAACUGGUGCCGAAGGUACUGUCCUAGAUGAAGCAAAGAAUAUUAACAAAUCCCUCUCAGCUUUGGGUAAUGUGAUAUCUGCACUCGCUGAUGGCAAUAAGACGCACAUUCCGUAUCGAGACUCAAAACUUACUAGGAUUCUUCAGGAAUCCCUUGGUGGUAAUGCCAGAACAACUAUCAUCAUUUGUUGUUCGCCUGCCAGUUUCAACGAAUCGGAGACGAAAUCGACCUUAGAUUUUGGUAAACGUGCCAAGACUAUCAAGAAUGUUGUAUGCGUCAACGAGGAGUUGACUGCUGAGGAGUGGAAGAGACGUUAUGAACGCGAGAAAGAAAAAGCUGCAAGACUCAAGGGUAAGCUUGAGAAGCUUGAAGCUGAGCUUUCCAGGUGGCGACAAGGCGAGACCGUCAAACCGGAAGAACAGUUUAGCAUUGUUGAAGCACCGGAUGUCACCACGCCUAUCACGGCAUCUGUGGAAAGUACGGAACGUAAAUUGGACGAUGGUCCUAUGCCAGCAACACCAGGUGGUGGCCUCAUGGCAGGCUCUUUGUCGAAUGAAGAACGUCAGAAAUUGGAAGAGGAGCGAGAGCGUCUCUAUCAGGAACUGGACGAUAAGGACGAGGAAAUCAACCAGCAUUCGCAAUACGUAGAGAAACUGAAGGAGCAAAUGGAGGAGCAGGAGGAGCUUAUCGCAUGUGCCAGACGGGAUUACGAGCAACUUCAGCAAGAGAUGAAUCGCAUCCAACAGGAGAACGAAAGUGCCAAGGAGGAGGUCAAGGAAGUCCUGCAGGCGCUCGAGGAACUGGCUGUUAAUUACGAUCAGAAAUCGCAGGAGGUCGAGACUAAGAACAAGGAGCAUGAAGCUCUCUCGGAAGAGCUUCUAGCCAAGCAGGCUGCAUUGAACAGCACGGCAUCCGAGCUUCAGCAACUUAGGGAUAUGUCUGCUCAUCAGCGAAAACGAAUCGCUGAGAUGUUGGCGAAUCUUCUCAAAGAUCUGGGAGAAAUUGGCGUUGCGAUUGGUGGCGAAGAAAAUAUUAAGAUCACUCCCGACAGCAAUGGCAAGCUUGAGGAAGAAUUCACUGUGGCACGUUUAUACAUCAGCAAGAUGAAGUCCGAGGUAAAGAAUCUGGUGCAGCGUUGUCAGGGAUUAGAGACCUUCCAGGCCGACUGCAAUAAGAAGGUAUCAGAAUACGAGAAGGAACUUGGCGAAUGCCGCCUUCUGAUCUCGCAACACGAAGCUCGCAUGCAGUCUUUGUCAGAGUCGAUGAAGGAGGUAGAGGCUAGGAAACGUUCUCUCGAGGAAGAUGUAGAUGCUCUGCAUGAAGAAUGCGCCAAACUGAAAGCUGCCGAACAAGUGCAAGCUGUUACCAAUAAAGAAAAGGCUGAAGAAAAGGAGGCUGCUACCAAGAUGAGAGUAGCACUUGAAGAACAAAUGGAUCAGUUGCGUGACGCCCAUCAAAAGCAAGUGGCGACAUUGAGAGACGAAAUUUCAGAGAAACAGCAGCUCAUUGGCGAGCUCAAAGAUCUCAACCAGAAAUUUACCCUGGCACAUCAGCAGAUGCAGGCUGACUACGAACGUCUGAAGCAGGAGGAGGCCGAUAAGUCUGUUAAGUUGCAGGAAUUGAUCCUCAUGAACGAGCGUCGCGAACAAGCCAGAAAGGAUCUCAAGGGACUGGAGGAUACAGUUGCUAAAGAAUUGCAGACUUUGCACAAUCUCCGAAAACUAUUCGUUCAGGAUCUUCAGGCCAGGAUUAGGAAGUCUGUUAAUGCCGAGGACAACGAGGAUGAUGGUGGAUCCCUCGCACAGAAACAGAAGAUCUCAUUCCUGGAGAACAAUCUAGACCAGCUUACGAAGGUACACAAGCAACUGGUACGAGACAAUGCAGACCUACGUUGUGAGUUGCCGAAAUUAGAGAAGAGGCUCAGAGCGACGAUGGAGAGGGUGAAGGCCUUGGAAACGGCAUUGAGGGACGCUAAGGAAGGUGCAAUGAGAGAUCGAAAACGCUACCAGUACGAAGUCGAUCGAAUCAAGGAAGCCGUGCGGCAGAAGAACCUUGCACGUCGUGGACCUAGUGCCCAGAUUGCCAAACCGAUUAGAGCCGGCCAACAUCACAUCACUGCAGCAAAUAUCGUGCGAACUGGAAACCGAGAGAACGAGCGAAAAAUCACCUGCGCCGACGAGAAGAAGAGAAUUCAGGACGUGGAAUUAAUCUGCAAACAGUACACAUAAGUCCCACGGUAUUUUUUAGUAAGGGUACAUAAUAUAAUAUAAUUAUAAUAUAUCGACAUAUUAUAUAUAUAUUCUAGUAAGACGUAAAAUAUGUCGCGUAUAUCCGCAACGAGAGCACCGUCGGUUUCGUUUUGUCCUUACGUUUCGACCAGCAAAGCUUACAGCGCUAAUAUAUAUGUAUGUAUAUUGUACUCUUAUAUAUAUAUAGGGUGGCGUGAAAAUCGAAACACUUCUAUGUUUUUAGAUCAUUAUAUACAGUGUAAGAAUUAAUUUAAACGUCAUAUGCGUGGUAGUACUUUUGUCUACGAUAAAAUCGCGCGUACAUAUAAGCUUUUAUUUCCUCUUCGAAGUUGUACAUGAAAAAUAGUGUUUGUUUUCAUAAAAAUUACUAUCGACACGUUCAUUCGUUCUUCUUUUUUUUGGGUUGAACGAAAAGGUAACAAGAUCAAACGUCUGUUUUUGUUUUUUUUUUUCACGAAUUUUGUAUACAAUGUCUCUGAUCUUCUACGUCAACAUGUCGCGAUCGGCCUUUAUUUUGCGAUACCAUAGGAACUAUACUUAGUGUCGAUCAUUCUUUUUCACGUUUCUUCCCAUAACGCUUUGGUCGUACACGGCCAAAUAGAGUAAUCUCGGAUUCAGUAAAAUGUUUUGGCAAAAUCUCUAUUUACCUGAAUCUACGUGAGAAACGUUAUUCUGAAAACGGUCAAGCGUGAAUAGUGUAGUGAAUUUUGCGCCACCCUUGAUAUAAUCACAUACGCAAUAUACGAUCAUGAGGAUGAUCGCAAUGACGACGAUACCACGCGUGUCCCGUCGAAUUGUAAAUAGUUGAUUUUCUUUUUUUUUUAAUGAUCGCUUGCAAUUGUAACGAGCUUUGCGAGGAGCAAUCUCGCGAUAAUAAUAAUUAAAGCACGAAACUAGAGAGCGAUUUGGAUCUCUUGAUAAUUUUUGGAAAAUAUGUAAAAGACAUUCGCGCGACCCAAUUGCUAAUAUUUAAAGACGCGAUCAAUGAUUUUCGCGCGUUCUUGAGAUCACGUUUGAAUGUUGUUGCGGAUGCAGAAGAGAGUGUGGAUAAUAGAGAUAAAAUUGAACGAAGGGAAAAGAAAGAAAGAAACAAAGAAAAAAAUCUAAGCAGCAAACUGAGAGUAGGGGAAAAGUGACAAAACAUUUUGAACACUCAAAACUCGACGGGACAAUCGCAGGACUGCCAAUCCUGUGAGUCGAAGGGAUUCGUCGAAAAGGAUCGGCCGCAGGGACGAAAAAGGGUGUAGAGAUCCUUUUUAUUUUCCAUGCGGAGGGCUCGCUUAAACGAGCUUUAAGCGUUUCAAGCCUUUCCUCAUGCAUUGUUUUUAUCCAGAGCUCGAAUGAAACUCGCGCGAGCCGAUCCGGUUGGCUGUCUAGGAUUGCUGAUAACUAAAAAAAAAGCAUAAUUAAUUAAUUAACAUCUAUUUAAGCCGAUUUAUUUAUUUAUCAUAGAAUAUCUAUCCAACACACGCCAGAGGCUCUCACGGUAGAAUAUUAUAAGCGCGAUAGUCCUUUGUAUUAUUAUUGAUGAAAAAAAAGCAAACAAAAAGCUUAAAAGAUAACUCAACGUUUACAGGCUUUUCAACGUAACUGAGAUAUCUCGUACUUUCUUUUCGAAGUGUUUUUUUCGUCUUCUUUUUUUUCUUAUUUCUGUUUGUCCUCGUUUUUCUCCCCUCGAGACGAGCCCCGUCUGAUUAAAUUUCCUACGCAUUAUUAAUCAUUUGUAAACACCAUUAUGAACAAAUGGAGGUGAAUACGUCAAAGAGAUGCAUUAUCUAUUUAAUAUGAAAAGUGAUAAAUAAUAAAUUAUUUUGAAAAAGGACCUGUCGAUCUGUCGCCGAUGUGGCGUCAAUUUAUUUUUUUACGCGGUGAUUUACGCUGAAAAUCCUGUAAUCAAUUCGCAUUUCGCGCUCUUCCUCUUUCUGACGCGUAUCUCUCUGAUUGGCUGUCGACUUUUUCGAAACAUAAAGGUUAUGACGAUGGGUGACGUACAGAGAGGUAACAGAAUGAGGGAUCGCCUACUUUUUCCUUGCUUGUCUUUCUAAUAGAGACAAGGAGUGUGCAUCCUGGCCUCGUUUAAAUAAGCUUGGCUGCUUCGUCGACUAAUUAGAUUUAUUAGUUAAUUAUUUACUCCGAGCCGGUGCGACGACAGUUGCCGGCGCAUUGUGUCGCGUAUUUUUUUACCGCGAUUUUUAGAGGCAGCACACACAACUCGAUAUAAAUAUUUCUUCUUUGCGGUAAUCUAGAAAAGCAAGUAUAUCCUGUUUAGAGACACAAAUUCUCAGUGUUUUCUAUUUCGCGUACCUAUACUUUUCAAAUUGUUCUUUACGUUAUUUCCCCCUUGCCGUAGUAAGUGACAAGUGACUUUUGGGAUUCAAGAAAACCAAAAAGAAAUACAUUACACGAGUCCCAACAAGAUUCCUUGUGUUUUUGCCUUGCCUCUCGUUUCUUCGAGGAUUCUGGCGACUCUUAACCUUAUCACUGCGUUUUUGUAUGAAUGCCAGAUUGACUGCCCUAAUCUGACACUUGAUCCUCAUAUAGGGGGAGUAAAGCCAUACAGAAUAAAGAAGACCACCCGAAUGGAAAUUCCAUUAUGGAAAUCGAGGGCCUGUCCAGGCCCUAGCUAGUCCUGUACUGACUCCGUGGGGAUCUAGACAGGCCCUGGACUUACCAAAGAAAAUUUUUACUAGAGUGAAGCAUCAAUUAGAAUUAAAUAAUCGAGCGUUCCAAAUGAGCACAUUAGUCAUUCCGCAUUGAUAUUCCUUAGAGAGAAAUGACUCCCGCCUUUUCAAAUUUCGCAUUUCUUUAUUUUUGUUGUAUAUUUGCUUUCGUUCGAGAGGAGCUGGUAUUUCAUAAUUAAUGUAUUAUAAAUGAUGCUGAUUGCAUGGCAAGAGUCAUUCCACUUUCGAUUAACUUGCGGUGGCUCGGACCUGGUUGCUCGUGAACUUAUUUGCUUUACGAUACUUUAACAAAUUCAUUCGGCAAAGACUCAAACGAGCGGCUGUAAAGAAAAGUGAAAAUGGCGAUAAUAGUAUAAGAUAACGAAUAAAAUAAUUCAGCUGCAAUUCCCUCCAAGACUCAGUUAUUGUCGGCAGAGUAAUUUACUUUUUCCCUAAUCACGAGAGGCAGGCUAAAAUUAAUAUUACGUGGUGCAUAACACAGUGCAAUUAUUAAUGGUGAAUAAUUGUCCAUGUACCGUCUAUCUCUUUCUAUCCUAUGUACAUAAAACGCAAAACUCUUUCACAAAGCGCUAAUCUACCAUGAAUUUCACGCUCGGUCGCUAUUGACUUUCCUUUUAUUUUCAUUUCUCUAUGCUAUAUCUUCUUUUGACCGUAUCUUGGCGUAAAACGAGUAUUCGUAUCGUGCCGGACGUCAGUUGCGUAAUAUUUACAGAAUACAAAGUACUUGCUACAGCAGUACAGCGAAUUAAAGAAUUUUAGCUUUAUUACAAAAAAAAAUUGUACACCUUUUCAUGCCUCGUUGAAUUUUAUAUUGUUAUUCGUACGUUUCAAUCGCAGACUUUCGUGUCGAGGAAAGUCUUUUUAUUCUUGAUGUGUACUUAAUUUUGCAGACGAUUAUUAUUUUGAUAUCAAUUAAAUCAUUACUACUUAAGUUAUUGUUAAAGACGUCCGGCGCGUGGGUCUGCGAACCUCGUAAUACCCGGUGGCGAGGAAAGCGGAACGUUGAAGAAAAAUAAUGAUUUGUGAAAUGUUCUGGAUUUAUGAUGGAGAGGGAAGUCGGAGAGGAACAAUGUCGACAGAAUCGCCCGUGGUAUCUAUUUUAAAGGAACGAUUAAAAGAAAAUCAAGUGAUUUACAUUAUUGCGAGGAACACGAGAGAGUCGCAAUUAUUUUUCAUAACGUGCGGAAAGGGCUAGUUUAAUUGUAAAAGAAAAGAAAUUGGCCAUAUUCUGCCUCUCGCCGACUCUCGACGUUCUGUCGGGCCAAUUCUGUAACGACUAAUUUAUUUCUCUUACUUAUAAUCAAAUCUGUCGCUUAUAUUCCUCUCAUGUUAUUUUUUCUACUGGUGAUUUCUACGUGUUCCUAUCGUUUUAGCUUUAUCGAUAAAUACUUACUAUUCGAUUAUUUCUAUCGUUAUUCCUAUUUGUAUUACCAUUGUUAUUCGGCAAUUCGUGCACCCAUUGUGCAACGGUGGAUUUCGUUUGACAGAGCGAUACCCUUUUUUUCCUUUCACGUGAUUUAGACAAAUUAUGCUUAUAGAUGCUUGAAUUUUUCUAUUGUUAGGCGAAAUUAUAUGUACGAUUCUAGCUGAGUGUUGAACCUCUGUCCAUCCGCGUCACUCUGUUCUUUCUAUUGAUUUCUUAUUACUAAAUGAUUCGUUAAUUAUUGUAGAUUGUAACGCUUUGAGGUUAAUUUCUGUGAAAUUCAAAUGUCAGUAAUAUACGUUACACGGAACUCGAAAGUUUGAAACAAUAAUUUCAUACUGUUAUUAGUCAAAACUGAUGAGAUCUUGCGUUGUACUUGUAGUUUUCUCUUUGACUUUAUUUUUGGAAAUUUUUAAUCAUUCAAAACUGCAGAAAUUUCUAUUGAUCUUUCCGAAUGGCAGUUGUUGUGUCUUAAGAUGAUAUACGUCUGCUGCAACUUAAGUGUGUCUUGUUACUAUUUUCUUUUAAUAGUAUUUUAUUCUACGUUACGAAUAGACAGGGUCGGAGCGAGGGUCAGGAUUGGCCGCCGGGCGGGUGGACGAUGAUAUAUAAACACGCGCUAAGGAUUCUCUAAGAUAUAUUAUAUAGGACUUAUUUAGAUUGUACAUGCAGGGUGUAGAGAGGCUGUAGCUAACGGAAAAACUACGUUUAAUUGAUGAUUAAUUGUGUAACUAUUAUUAAUUGUUUAUAUCACUGAAUAUAUUCGCCGUUGAUUUACACGACAAAGGAUACUUAAGAACGAAUUGAUUGAUUGUAUUGUCGUCAGGAUUAACUACGAUUGUCACUAUGAUUAUUACCAUUGAUUAAUGUCGGAUUAAUUACGGAGGUAAUGCUUACAUUAAAAAUCGCAUUAAAUGGA